GACCAUGGCGCAGUUCCUGUUUGAGGCGGACCUGCACGGGCUGCUGAAGCUGGACACGCCGAUCCCGAACGCGCCGCCUGCGCGAUGGCAGCGCAAGGCCAAGGAGAGCGGCCCCGGGCCCAGCCCAGUCGGCGUGUCGCCCAUGAAGCCGGCCAAUCGCUCCCACAGCUCCAGUAAGACGCCGUCCAAGACACCCGGUAAAUCUGGAUCCAAAAUUCAAAGCACUCCCACAAAGCCUGGGGGGGAUCGCUACAUUCCCAACCGCAGCACUAUGCAGAUGGAGAUGGCAAAUUUUCUCCUAACCAAAGAAAAUGACCCUGCUGAGGAUUCCCCUACCAAGAAGGAGCAACAGAAAGCCUGGGCAGUGAAUCUGAAUGGUUUUGAUGUAGAAGAGGCAAAGAUCCUCCGCCUCAGUGGAAAACCACAGAAUGCUCCAGAAGGCUAUCAGAAUAACCUGAAAGUGCUUUAUAGUCAGAAAAUGACACCUGGAUCCAGCAGGAAGACUAGCAGAUACAUUCCCUCAAACCCAGACCGGAUAUUGGAUGCACCAGAGAUCCGCAACGACUACUAUCUGAAUCUCAUAGACUGGAGCUCCCAGAACUUCCUGGCAGUGGCUCUGGACAACUCUGUUUAUCUGUGGAGUCAUGCUACUGGGGAGAUUAUCCAGCUGCUGCAGAUGGAGCAUCCAGAUGUGUACAUUUCAUCUGUGUCAUGGAUUAAAGAAGGAAACUACCUCGCUGUCGGCACAAGUAGUGCUGAGGUUCAGCUAUGGGACAUUCAGCAGCAGAAACGUCUCCGAAACAUGACCAGCCAUUGUGCCCGUGUGGGAACCCUCAGCUGGAACAGCUACAUCCUCUCCAGUGGGGCACGGAACGGGCACAUCCAUCACCAUGAUGUCAGAGUGGCUGAACAUCACGUGGCCACCCUUGCUGGCCACACACAGGAGGUGUGUGGACUCAAAUGGUCUUUAGAUGGGCGCUACCUGGCCAGUGGCGGCAACGACAAUCUGGUGAACGUCUGGCCAUGCACCCAAGGUGGGGGUGGAGACUUUGCUCCCAUACAGACCUUCACUCAGCACCAGGGUGCUGUCAAGGCUGUGGCGUGGUGCCCGUGGCAGACGAAUGUUCUAGCCACUGGAGGGGGCACUAGUGACAGACAUAUCCGCAUCUGGAACGUCUGUUCUGGUGCCUGCCUCAGUACCGUCGAUACCCAUUCCCAGGUCUGUUCUAUCUUAUGGUCGACUAACUACAAGGAGCUGAUUUCAGGCCAUGGAUUUGCACAAAAUCAGCUAGUUAUAUGGAAAUAUCCAACAAUGGCCAAGGUUGCAGAGCUGCAAGGCCAUACUGCUAGAAUCCUCAACCUGACCAUGAGCCCGGAUGGUACAACAGUGGCAUCAGCAGCUGCUGAUGAAACGCUGCGGCUCUGGCACUGUUUCGAGAUGGACCCCAUCAAGAAGAAGGAGAAAGAGAAAGCAAACUGUGCCAAAAGCAGUAUUAUUCACCAGAGCAUCCGCUGA